AAGUUUUAGAGGAAAAUUCAUUGUUAUAGAUGAUUAAAUUAUCUAGGAUCUUCAACAUCGUUAUUUCCAAAGAAAUACUACAACGACUACAACUAUUACCAGUAAGACUGACUAGUUCCUAAACUAACAGCUUGAACAACACUAGGAUGGACGAGCUUCGACCAAGUGCAAUGGAGGAGUAUCCUCUUUUCGGACGAGAGGUUCGGGAUCUGGAGGCCCCGCCCGAUACUGCCUUCGAGAUUACCGAGGAAGAUCUGCGUGGUCUCACGUCAGUUACGAGGAGAGAAUUUCUAUUCGUCCUGCAUGUCUUACAUUUAAAGAAAUUUCAAUUUGACCAGUUUCAGUUAUUUCUACUUCGUUUUUAUCAAUUAGAUGAACUUCCCUCGUUUUAUUCCCUUCAAUAGAACAUGCUUAUCAUUAUUGUCAUCGUUGUCCUGAUGAUCCUAUGAAAAUGUGGAUGGGAUUUAUUUGAUCAUUAUUUGCAGGUCGAUUUGAAAAAUGAAGAUCAAGAUUGAGAUUGAGCAUACUCAUGCUGAUGUACAACGAAGUUACUUAAGUAUGUGAGCCUAAACUCUAAGGCCGCGGAUCUGCGUGAAAUCGAUAACUUCGAUUUCACGGAAGAGGAUCUCCGUGCUAUCAAUGGUGGAAGCGCGGUUCCACUCCUCCUGAAUCCACGUCGAUCUGCAAUAGCACAGCCUGGAACAACUGUUGACGUAUCUUCAGUAGAUCCCAAGAGAGCAUCCUUUUCACAGACGAAUGUAGCGCAAGAGGCGUCCGCCGCGCGUAGAUCAUCGCGCCCUCCGUCAACAAGAAUCUCGACAGCGGCGGCUCCACGCAUAAGUGAAGGAGCGAGGCAAGUACUAGCGUCGAACGAGCCUGCUGCAUCACAACCGCGGGCUAAAAGUACGAUAAUCACCACGUCGUCACCACCGAAACAGCGAGAGGUCGCCCAUCAUCUGCCUUGUGCAGUCUGUGGAGAGCCGAUUAAGGGGGCCGACGCCAACGAGGCUGCGCUCAUCGCGCGAACAAGCGAUGUACUUGUCGGUGUUCUCCAGUAUUUCUCCCGCGUCUACUUCGGUGCUACGGAUGUCACGGAUAUCGCACGAAAAGGCACGAUGGACCAAGGUACCACUUACUUUCUUCAUCAUCUAUCACUUUUUUUAUUGAUGCAAGAGGUGUUAGUAGUUUUCUUCAUCGAUCUAUAUUCUUAGCAGAGCAAUCUCAGCAAGGGCAUGUUGCAUGUAUCAGGGCGAUAAUCCGCGAGUACUCAUCUUUAGGAAAAGAUGUGACAACCAAGUCCUAUACUUCCUUUGUUUUUCGACGGUCCUUAGCCUAUGGAGAUCAAGACUUUUCAUUUUUGUUUCAGAUGCAUAGAUUCUAUGUUCACAAUGUCCACCUGGAACGUAUGACAACAUGUUAAGGGAUUUUCGACGACUAAUUCUCAAAUUACAGUGCAGUUAGAGUUCUCGGAUUAUGAAAGCGACGAUGAUGACGCGGAAGAACGAGACGAUUUUCUUCAUUACAUCGAUAGUGACGACGGCAAAGAUGGCUGGAAACCCCCAUUGGCGAGACAAAAUUACAGUUGGUACACACUAGCGGGGGUGAUGACCGGCACGGUCUUGCUUUUCGCAGUCACGUGGAUCAUCCUGGAGGUAAUUACAAUAAUCAUAUACAACGUUGAUCAAAUUACUUCUAAUAUCAAUCACUAAUUCCAAAUCCAAUCUUUUUCCUUUUAGUAGGCGAAUCAAUAGGCUGUUGUUCAGGAGGUAUUCACUCUUUUACUAAAAAAAAGUAGAGUGACAGUAUCUAUAGGUGCUAGAAGUUGCUUGGUUCAUGAAUUUAUAAAUAUUGUAUUGAAUAUAGAGAGAAGAACUAGAGCACAGACAACGUAUAUCUUUAUCUUCACUCAGAUGUCCAGCGUUUUGCCCGACUCGAAUGUCUCAGACGGAACCGUAAAAGACGACGGAGCGUCAAGAAGUUCCCCUGCGGACCAAUUAAAUUAAGGCUCGACACAUUUCAUUUCUACUAGUCAUUUCGCACGUAAUCCGUUUCAGGAUUGGAUGAAAUGCGGGCAGGAAAUGAAUUGCUUUGAGCUCUAAGCAAUUACCGAAGCAGGAGCUUCCAACGCGGUCGCGGCAGGAGGGUCGGGGACUCAGAGCGGAUUCCUCUCGGUGCGAGAUUUCCUGGCCGCACAAUUCUUUUUCCAUCAAGAGAUGUAAAGAAUACGUUCACGAUAAAACUAAAUACUUGAUAUAGUAGGUUCUUGUCGAAAAUAGUUGCGCAUAUCCGUUUACAUAGAAUUCCAAAUUUCCAUUUCAUAUCCGAUUUUCUUGUUCCAUGAACUACAUCUACCUACGUAGAACAACAGCAUCUGAAUUGACUCCGAUUCACACAUCUAAUGCUCCAUAUUGAUUUAUUAAUUCAAAACUAACAAUAAUCUUUUGCAUGAUCAACAUAUCGGACAUAUUGCUCGUCGCAACACACACCCCUUACUAGCCACAUUCACUCACAGCUCAUUCGUGAUAGUAAAUCCCAGCAAAUAGCUUUCUUGUAUUAUACCAGAUUCCCCUAUCUUGCUUCAAGAAGCCGUGGUAGAAGCCCAAAAUCAUGAAGAGACAACAUGAACACUCUUCCAUAGCCAUAUUAUUGUAUGACAAGUUAUCUUCUACCUUUUACUUAGACCUAACUUACUCUCAACAUUCAUCAUGAAGUACUUCCUUGUCUGUCUUUGAUUGUAUUCAAAAUUUGUCUUGGACCAUGCUGGAGACCAUGAAUCGUGCUAUUGUACUUUACCUAAUCCAUAAUGCCUUGCUCGCAAGUGUAUAUGAAUGUUGUUACUUGUCGCAGAAAAAUGCAAUUCACCAUCCUCAUCUCGCACAUUCAGACUCACUACAUUUACACGAUACACGCACAGUAUUGCUGGAGAGAUAUACUCGCUCCCGCCCUACUUGUGCAAGGUUCUCCUGACUUUCCCGCCUGGUAUGCUUUGAUAUGUCCACCCUAUGCACAAUUUGUGCCCUAUCUGAUUUGUUCCAAUCAAUAUCCUAAGUAGUGCCAAUUCUUCUUGUAGAUUAAUAGGAUCUUGUCAUCUUCAUAAGUAGCUGUAUGGAGAGUCACUUUCUCCCAGACUCCGAUCAAUACACUUCCUCCCUCAAGAUGGUGAACAAAGACCCAACCAACCUUGUUGCCAAAAUAUGGAGCGACUCACC